AUGUUUGCGAAUCAUAAAAGGAAUAGUCUUCACUUGUUAAGAGGGCGUUUUUUUUCAUUAGUACAAGGAAAUGAAAAGGUGAAAAAUUUGGAAAAUUUGAAAAAUUUGAAAAAUUUGAAAAAUUUGGAAAAAUUAGAAAAAUUGAAAAAUCUUUCUUAUAAUUUUUAUAAGAAGAGUAAAAUUACGAAUGAGAAUAAUUAUGAAGAUGUUAUAAAUAUAAAUAAAAAGAUAAAUAUAUUAUAUAAGAAUGAAAAGGUAUAUAAUAAUCAAAGUUAUAUUUUAAUAUUGAAAGGUUUUAUGAAUAUAUUAUAUCAAACAAAAGAAGAAAAUAAAAGAAAUAUUAUAAAAAAUGUUAUGAAUUCUUUUGUAUUAUAUUUUAAAGAUUAUAUAUAUUAUAUGAAUGAACAAGAUAUAACUUUAUUAUUAGAUAUAAAAGGUAAAUGUGGUAUAAAAAAUAUUUCAUUACAUAAAUUAAUAAUUGAUAAAUUAAUUAAAAAGAAAAAAGAAAAUACAGAAUGUUUAUUUUAUAAAUUAAAUACUACAAGUGUUUCUAUUAUUUUAAAUAAUAUAUAUAAAAUUAAUAUAUCUACAAAAGAAAAAGAACUUAUAAAUGAUAUAUAUGAUUAUUAUAUUCUUAAUAAAUAUUCAAAUUAUACUAUAAAACAGUUAAUUAUUUUAUUACACUCUUUAAAUAAAUAUUCAUAUCCUAAAGAAAAAAUUAUUCAUUUAUUAAAUUAUAUAUCUACACAUAUAUAUAAUAAUUAUCAAAUAAAAAAUCAAAAUAAAUAUUCUAAUAGUAGACAUAUAUUAUCUAGUCAUAUAGAACAUUCCUAUUUAUUAAAUAAUAAAAAUGAUAAUAACGAACAAACAAAUAAUAAAACACAUAAUAUUAAGACAGCUACAUCUAUUGCAUGUCCAAAUUAUGUGAAUCAUAAAUUACAUAAUACAAGUAUAUCAUCAAAAUAUAAUAACAUAUCCUGUAGUGAUAAUAAAAGAGAAAAUUUUCUUUUACAAAAUAAAUCUAAUAAUAAAAAAAACAACACUGAUAUAUUAUUUGAUAAAAAAGAUAAAUAUGAAGUUAUUUUGUUUUAUACAAUGAGUUGUUAUAAUUACUGUAAUAAUAAUAUUAUAAAAAUCCUAUUAGAAGAAAUGAAGAAUAAAAUUACAUAUACAUAUAAUGAGAAAGAAAUAUGUAUGUUUCUUAAUGGGAUUUGUAAUUAUAUAGCUGUGAAGAAAAUAAAAAAGUUUGAAAAACAUUGUAUUAAUGAAGACGAAUCUAUAAAUUCAAUUAAUAAAGAAAUCUCUUUAUAUUAUAUUCAUAAUAUAAUUUUAAAAAAUAAUAAUACUCUUAUUAAAAAUUAUUCAACAUUUAGUAUUAUAUCAAUUUAUAUUUUUUUAUCAAGAUUAAAUUAUUUUUAUUAUUAUGGAAGAAAUAAAGAGUUAUGGUUUUUAAAUAAAUUAUUUUAUAAUUAUAAUCAAUAUGAUGAUAUAAUAAGAAAAAUAAAUGAUAAAAAAAAAAAAAAUUUUUUUUUUUCGUAUCAUAUUGCAAAAAAAAAAGAAAAUAUAACAAUAAAAAAUAUAAUAAAUCUUUUAUUUUCAUUAAUAUUAAAUGGACAUAUGAAUCAUUUCUUUUAUAAUAUAUUAUUACAACAAAUGAAUUUUUUAAUAUAUGAUCAUUUAUAUAAUAUAAAUGAAGAAGAACAAAAUUUUAAUUAUAUAUCUCACAAACAUAAAUAUAUAAAACAAUCAUAUUAUAAUAAUAUAAUUCAUAAAGAAUAUUAUAAAGAUGAUAAGAUAUUUAAAAAUAUUAUACAAAUUUUAUCUUUCGAAAAUAUUCAAAUUCUUUCUAUAGUUUAUACAUAUUUAUAUAUUUAUAAUAUUUUAUAUAAAUUAAAUAAAAAUAAUCUAUCUCUUUUUUUAUUAUUUAUACAAAAUUCUAAUUAUUUAAAUUCAUUCUAUUUAUCUCAACACACCUCUUCAAAAAUUCAUAAAGAAAUUAACGACACGAUUUUUUCAGUCAAUACAAAAAAUUUCAAUCAAAAAUAUAAUUCUAUCCAAACAAAUGAGUGUUUUAUAUUCCCUUAUUAUAUUGAUAUAUGUUUAAUGAAAAUUAAAUAA